UUGUUUUGUAACCGCGACUGUCGUGGCGAAACCGAUAUCAACCGCGGCACGUGUUCGCCAUGGCGACGUCGGAGGUGCCGACGGAUGUGUUGGGCACGAACCCAGAAUGGCAAGCCGCCGUGACAUCGCCGACGAAGAAGGCGUUUGUGAGCAAGAUUCCUCGGCGGAGCGUCAAGUUGCCCACGCCGAUCAAUGCAUUGCCAGUACAACUGGCAGCGACGGAGUCAUCGCAACCAGACGAAGCGCCAAGUAGCAACAACCAGCAAGAGAGUGCAACUCCGCCCAAGGCCGCCGUCGUGGACAAGCACCAGCAAUACAUCAAAGAUCUGGAAGAAAAGAAGCGCAAAGCUCGCGAAGAGGAAGUGGCCAAGGCCGAGAAACAGCGCCGAUUGCGCCUCAAACUGCGCAAGAGCAUCUUGCAGCGAGCUGCGUCUAUUCGCACGGAAACGGAUGCUGGAGGCCACGACACGGUCGACUCCACGAGGUCCCCGCAGGACGAAUCGGAAGCUCCUUCCCCUGCCGCGGACGACGUCUUGACGGACGAAGAGCGUAAGGCCAAAGCUGCAGCGCAAAAGAGACUGCUUCAAAAGCAACAGGCAACGCUGGAAGCGCUGAAGGUCAAACGGCAAAAGGAGGCCGAGGCGGCCGAAGCGGAACGACAGCGGGCGCAGAAGAAGAAGGAGCUCACGCGCAAGGCGUCACUGGGCACGACAGAAGUCCCAAGUCGCAUGCAAGAUGCGUUGGACAAAUUCAACCAGGCGGCGGCGGGCAGCGCUGUGAGUGCCGUGCGCGUAAAAAAGGAGGAAAAGGACGAGAGCAGUCUAACGCCCGAGCAAAAGGAGCAGCGAGCGUUGCAGCAGGAAGCCAUCAAGAAGAAGCAAGUCGAGUAUUUGCAGAAGUUGGCGGACGAGCGCAAGCAAAAGCAGUUGGAAGAGGAUGAAAAGAAUGAACUGCUUCGCCAAAAACGGGCCAAAGUGCGCGAAGAAGCGCUGCUCAAGCACGAAGCUGCCAAGGCGGAGAAAGCUGCGGCGGCUGCUGCCGCCGAGGAAUCAGCCACGCCAGUCGUCGUGGAAGCCGACGAAGUCAGACCCAAAGUAAAUGUCGAGGCGAUGGUGUCCCGGCUGAGCAAGCUCAAGACGAGCGAGGCGCAACUCGUCCCCGAAGCAAAGGAUUUUGCGUCGUGGAAGAAGCGCAACGGCGUGGCCCCCGACACCAAGGUCUUUUGCAUGACAGGAUGGUACCCCGUGAUCAAGGACACACUCGAGAAACGGGGAUGGUUCCACAACCCCGACCGGAACUCGCCAUACUUUGACUUGAAGUGGGCCCUCAAGUCCGACGACCUGAAGAACGUCAAGCUCCACGACGACCAGCUCGUCAAUCACUUUCUUCAGAACACUGCCAUCACGACCAAGUCGGGGCUUCUGCACAACCUCCGCAAUGUCACAUGGUUUCUCAGCGAAGAUAUCGACUCGUUCUUUCCACGAGCGUAUGACCUGAACGAGCCCGCCGACAUGCAGUCGUACAUUCAAGAUUUUCGGUACAUCCGCGCCGAAGGGAUGCUCAAGCGGUUGGGCGUCCAGUGCCGCGCGAUGCUGAACGCGAUCAAGCCCAGCGUUGUGUCUGUAAACCUCGGCGUUCUCGACGUCGUUCUCUCCGUGUGUCGAAAGCGGCAGGAAAUUCUCCCCGACGACGUCUUGGACAACCCGAAUGCGUGCGGCAUCGAUCCCGUCGUGACUGAUCUUCAGUGGGAUGUGCUCCAACGAUGCCCUGUGGAUGCCCCAGGGUCGAUUCGACCGGCCUGCGUCUUCACCAAGCCGUCCGUGGCAGCGUCGUCAGAGUUCGGGGACCAACCUCCCCCCCACUUGUCACCGAGUGAAGCCAAGGAGGAAGCGAAAGCGGCCAAGCGACACGAGAAACUCAUGGAGGCGGCGUUUAUCAAGGAAAAGGCGCGGUUGAACACCUUAUUGAGCCAAGUUGUGCCGCUCACGAACGAGACGGCGACCAAAGUACUGGAGCUCUUGCAAGGACUCGAGGACAUGUGUCCGCAGUUCCAUCUCAAUGGCGCCGACAGUAAAAAUGUUUGGAUCGUCAAGCCAGCAGGCAUGUCGCGAGGCCGCGGCAUUCGCGUGUUCAACCAACUGAAUGAACUGCUCGAGUACGCUGACGUGGAAAACCACAAAGAGUGCCAGUGGAUCGUCCAAAAGUACAUUGAGAAUCCCCUCUUGGUGUGCAACCGCAAGUUUGACAUUCGGCAGUGGGUGUUUGUCACGUCGUGGAAUCCGCUCACGGUGUGGUUUUACCUGGACUGCUACCUCCGCUUCAGCUCGGAGGAGUACCAGGUCGAUGACUUGACCGACCAGUACGUGCACUUGACCAACAACUCGAUCCAAAAGAACGGCGAAAACUUUUACAAAGCGUACACGACGGAGGAUGGGUCGAUAACGAUUGAAGGGAACAUGCUGCACUCGGACGACUUGAGCGCGUACCUCACGCGGAAAUACGGCCUCGAUCCCGACACGAACGAGACCAUCUUCACGUCCAAGAUCCAGCCGCGCAUGAAGGAGAUUGUCAAGUGGUCGCUCAGCUGCGUCCAAGAUACGGUGCAGCAUCGCAAGAACUCGUGCGAGUUGUACGGCUACGACUUCAUGCUGGACGAAACAUUCAAGGUACGACGGCGAUGCAGACCGCUUGGCCAAGUGCUCACGGGUUCUCGUCGAUAGCCGUGGCUGAUUGAGGUCAACAGCAGCCCCGCAUGCGACUACUCGACGGCGGUCACCAAGCGAUACAUCGAAACGGGUCUAGAGGACAUUCUUAAGGUGAUGCUCGACGUCCGUGAGUACGAUGCGGCGAAGCGAAAGAACAGCAUGGUACGUACGUGCUGACACAUGUCGCUCAUGGCGGCGCGGGCAGGCCAAAAUGCCCAAGCCCGACACGGGACGUUGGGAGAACAUCCACAAGGCCGAGUACAUUGCAAAGCCCAUGUCGUCGUUUGGGGGGAUGGAUUUUGAAAUCAAAGGCAAGAAGCUGUCGAAGAAGAGUCAACGUGCGAUCAACCAAGCAUGCGCGUUGACGCCAACGCGGCCGACACUUGCCGCCGUGGACGAAGUGCCAGAGUCGAACGCCGACGAGGGACUGCCACGAGUGGACGCCGACCUAGGUCAACAUGCGAUCGAUGACACCUUCGUGGCCAUGACGACUUCGCCAAGUGAACGUAGCCCAGCAAAGUUCAACCUCGACGACGAUUACGACGACGACGACUGCCCAGACCGCAGCGUCUCGGCAUCGCCGCCUUCAGUGUUGCCGCCAGAGUUGGACGAGUUGCUGUAGGAGUUAGCAGUGUGCCGAUGAAUGUGAUGAGGACCAAGGAUUACCUUCCGUGCCACUGCCGCAUGAACCUGAACCAUUG